AUGGCUAUGUCAAGUAUGGUGUUUUCUGACGUGGAAAGUUUUCUCGACAAACACCCCGAGUUAUUCGAAGACUAUCUAAACAGAAAAGGGAAAUACAGCAUGGUUGAAAAGUGGCUUAAAAAUCAUCAAGCAAGUAAAACUCCUGCGAAUGUCACAACGGAGCCAGAGAAACACAUUGCGUGUAAAGACAGCUGGGCCAGCAAAGGAGAUGGCUUACACAGGCGAGCUUCGCAAAAAGAGCUUCGAAAAACUUUUGCCAGAUCGAAAGCUAUUAAUGCUAACAGGACAUAUGAUGAACAUUGCAAUUCAAGAGCACAGGAACCUUUGACAAGUAUGAGGAGACGGGCUUUACUUCGAAAAGCCAGUUCCUUACCUCCGACAACCGCUCACAUCCUGAGCGCACUGCUAGAAUCACGCGUCAAUAUUCCACAGUAUCCCUCAACAGCCAUAGACUUCAAAUAUUACCUGAAGGAACAUAAUGAAAAGGAGUUUUUCCUGGAGUUAGUCAAAGACAUAUCGAAUGACUUGGAUUUAACCAGCCUCAGUUACAAAGUCCUUGUAUUUGUGUGCAUCAUGGUCGAUGCUGACCGCUGUUCCCUAUUCCUCGUUGAGGGCUCAGCGAACAAGAAGACUCUUGUAUCCAAAUUCUUUGAUGUGCAUGCAGGGACCACCGUGUUGCCAUCUUUCAAUAAUUCGGAUGAAGUUCAGGUUCCAUGGGGAAAGGGGAUUAUUGGAUAUGUUGCAGAACAUGGUGAAACCGUGAAUAUACCAGAUGCAUAUCAGGAUCAUCGUUUCAGUGAUGAGAUUGACAAGCUCACUGGAUACAAGACCAAGUCACUGUUGUGUAUGCCCAUACGGAACAGCGAUGGGGAGAUCAUUGGCGUGGCUCAGGCUAUCAACAAGAGUCCUGGUGGCGCUCUCUUUACAGAGGAUGAUGAGAAGGUGCUGCAGAUGUACCUGCCCUUCUGCGGGAUCGCCAUCUCCAACGCCCAGCUCUUCGCCGCCUCCAGGAAGGAGUAUGACCGCAGCAGGUCUCUGCUGGAGGUGGUCAACGACCUGUUCGAGGAGCAGACGGACCUGGAGAAGAUCGUGCGGAAGAUCAUGCACCGGGCCCAGACGCUGCUCAAGUGCGAGCGCUGCUCCGUGCAGCUGCUGGAGGACAUCGAAUCUCCCGUGGUGAAGUUCACGAAGUCGUUUGAGCUCCUGUCCCCCAAAUGCAGCGCAGACACGGAGAUCAGCUUCAAGGACAGCAUGGAGAAGUCCUCCUACUCCGACUGGCUCAUAAACAACAGCAUCGCUGAGCUGGUGGCCUCCACCGGCCUCCCCGUCAACAUCAGCGACGCCUAUCAGGACCCCCGCUUUGAUGCCGAGGCAGAUCAAUUCUCCGGCUUCCACAUUCGCUCGGUCCUUUGUGUGCCAAUAUGGAACAGCAACCAUCAAAUAAUUGGUGUUGCGCAGGUGCUGAACAGACUGGAUGGAAAGCCCUUUGAUGACGCGGACCAGAGACUGUUUGAGGCCUUUGUCAUCUUCUGCGGCCUGGGCAUCAACAACACCAUCAUGUAUGACCAAGUGAAGAAGUCGUGGGCCAAGCAGUCCGUGGCGCUGGACGUCUUGUCAUACCAUGCCACCUGUUCCAAGACCGAGGUUGACAAAUUUAAGGCUGCAAACAUUCCCCUGGUGUGUGAACUGGGCAUAGAUAAGCUGUCCUUUGACGACUUCUCUCUGGACGUGGACGCCAUGAUCACUGCUGCGCUGCGCAUGUUUAUGGAGCUGGGCAUGGUGCAGAAAUUUAAGAUUGAUUAUGAGACGCUCUGCCGAUGGUUGCUGACUGUAAGGAAGAACUAUCGCAUGGUCACCUAUCACAACUGGAGACAUGCCUUCAAUGUCUGCCAGUGCAUGUUUGCUAUGCUGACGACUGCAGGAUUCCAGGAGACGCUCACAGAGGUGGAGAUCCUGGCUCUGAUUGUCGGCUGCAUCUGCCACGACCUGGACCACCGGGGCACCAACAACGCAUUCCAGGCUAAGACCGGCUCGGCCCUGUCUCUGCUGUACGGCACGUCGGCCACUCUGGAGCACCACCACUUCAACCACGCCGUCAUGAUCCUGCAGAGCGAAGGUCACAACAUCUUCUCCAACCUGUCCUCCAGUGAGUACAGCGACCUCAUGCAGCUGCUGAAGCAGUCCAUCCUGGCUACUGACCUCACCCUCUACUUCGAGAACAGGAACAUAUUCUUUGAGCUGGUCAAAAAAGAGGAGUACAACUGGAACGUGAAAGGCCACAGAGACAUGUGCAGGUCCAUGUUAAUGACGGCGUGUGACCUGGGUGCGGUCACUAAACCCUGGGACAUAUCUCGACAGGUGGCCGAGCUGGUGACCAGUGAGUUCUUUGACCAGGGAGACCGAGAGAGAUCGGAACUGAAGCUCACCCCAUCGGCGAUCUUCGACAGGAACCGCAAGGACGAGCUGCCGGGGCUGCAGCUGGAGUGGAUCGAUGGCAUCUGUGCCCCGCUGUACGAGACUCUGGUGAAGCUGAACCCCAAGCUGCAGUCCAUGGUGGACCUGAUCAAGGCCAACCGGGCCCGCUGGGAGGAGCUGCACUGCCUGAGGCAGUUGAGCCAGGAGGGCGCCAAGCCCCCGGACUGCUGCGCCAGCGUGGACGACACCCCCUCCGCACCCACCGUCACCGCUACCGCCACCAGCACCGGCUGCGGCUGCACGGGGGACCGUGAGACGAGCUCUGGCGCCGCGCCCUGUGGGGAGUCCUCUGAGCCCGCCAGCUAGCCGCCGCCGCCGCCGCCGCGUCCCCACUGAAGGUGGCCUGUGGUCCUGGCGGGGGGAUCGCGCCUCCUCCGCCCUU